GAUCUAUGUAGAUAUUAAGUAAAUAUUUUAAUUAUUAUCUGCACGAAAGCUUCCUUAUUUCAGGAUUAAAAGCAGGAUUAAAAUUAUAUGCAAUAGGAUUAAUUAUUAUAUGGACCCAACUUUAAAGCACCGCCACUUCUGUCAGACUAAAGUGAAAAUUGAAAUAGAAUACUAAAUUCCAGAUAUUUCUCAAAAAAAUUAAUUGUUCUGACCAGAGCCUGUUUAAAGUAUGUCUCCUUCUAUAUGCUGCAGAUGCAACCAGGAGAUUUGGCCAAGAACAGUUUGCUGUUUAGGCAAGAAGUAUCAUCCGCAUCACUUCACUUGCACCGACUGCGGGCUAGUAGUGGAUCCUACGCUGUUCUUCUCGGUAAAGAACGAGGUGGUCUGCAGUGAGUGCUACCUAAGCAACCAUGCCAUUCGGUGCUCUGCCUGUCGGAUUCCUAUCCUAGAGCGCGGCUUUGGCGCCAUGGGGCGCAAGUGGCACGAGAAGUGUUUCCGGUGCGUGAGCUGCAGCAAACGACUGGUCUCUGCGACCUUUUUCGAAAUAAACGGAUACCUCUUCUGCAAGUCACACUUCCAGGAACUGUUUUCGUCCCGCUGUGCCGGUUGUACGAAACCCAUAGAUAAACGAGCUGUGGUAGCGCUGAGCACCAAGUGGCAUACGAAUUGCUUCAGGUGCCAGAACUGCCGUAAAAAAAUCACCGAAUGUGAAUUUGGGAUCCACAAAGGACGACCCAUCUGCCUUGCCUGCCAAUUCAUCAUCUUCAUUCCCCAAAAUAUGUGUGCCUUAUAAAUAUCUUGUGAACUG